AUGAUCCCUGACACGCGCCCCCAACCGCCCCCAACAACUGCAACCGCCGCGCAGGCUGAGCUGGCGUGGGCGCGGCGGAACCGCCCAGAGCUGCUGGAGCAGCCGGAGGUGGCGGCGCGCGUCAAGAUGAUGCAGCAGGCCGAGGCUCAGCUUGAGCCCAGGCGGGAAGCUGUGGCGCAGCUGGAAGAGGCCAUCAAGAUCGCGGGCAACCUGGACUUGGGGAGCCUGUGA